CAUAUAACGCCCUGAAAGGUCAACGGACAUCGAAAUGCAAAUAAACACACAAAGGAUGUUCUAUAAAUUGAACUGUAAACUAGGACGCGACGUUGCAUAUUAUCAUAUCAGUUCAUUAUUGACGGGUGAUAUUUAAAAUGGCUACUUACAAAGUGUCCUAUUUCCCGGGAAAGGGUAAUGCGGAAAUAAUAAGACUCGCUUUAAUUGCCAGCGGACAAACAUUUGAAGAUGAGAGGUUAACCAGAGAAGAAUGGAUAAAAGUCAAAUCAAACUCACCUACGAAGCAGAUGCCCCUUCUAACAGUAAAUGGCACAGUGUACGGGCAAUCUGGCGCCUGUGCCAGAUAUAUAGCAAGGAAAUUCGGUCUGUUUGGAAGAACGCCUGAAGAGGAACUGUUGAUAGACGAGGUGUAUGAAUGUAUCGUUGAUUUUCAGAAAGAAAUUGCCAAAGUUAUAUAUGAAAAGGACGACACAAAAAAGGCCGAGUUGAAAGAAACUGUGAUGACUCAACAUCUUCCUAGACUUAAUGAAUAUAUCACACUAAGAACCAAGCAGUUUGGCGAAAAUGGAUACAUUAUUGGACCAACGAUGACUCUGGCUGACUUACAGUUAUAUAACACAGUGGACCAGGUUGGGGACAGAGUAGAUCUGGGUGUUUUCUCGGCAUUCCCAGAUCUACAGAAGCAUGCAGACCUCGUAAGAUCAGACCAUAAGGUUGCAGAAUGGAUAAAGAAAAUGCCGGCACCACAGAAUUAAUCAGUGAAUGUCAAUGAGCUGAAAUCCUGUUUUCAGUUUUAUAAGAACUGACAAAGCUAAUGUAACGAUCGGUUUUAUUAUAUAACUAUAUAAAUUCUUUCAAAAAUACGGCAUGUAUUUCACAUGUAAAUUUAUACGAACAGGCAGGAAAAAAACGUAUUUUACAUUUUGUAUUGCAUGUUUCCGGACUAUUUUUAUUAAUUACGGGAUUAAUAUGCAUGACCUUACCCAGUUCUAAUGAAACACACCAACAACGAUAGACUUUGAAGCAAAACUUUUUUUACCGUUCAUGUUACCAUUCUGUUAAAUAGAUAUUAUUUGUUUGAAAUUGCAGUAGACAAUAAAAUUAAUUUAUCAACAAAAUUCUUCUAGAACCGUAAACACACGAAGACGCGUGCCACCGAUACCAGUCGAGAAACAUCGGGUAUUUCCGUAUUCUCAACAUAAAGCAUAAAGGCCGAAGUGACCAGGUUAUGGGCGAUCCUUAGUAUGUAGGAGGAGCGAUGAUAUUAUGAUUUAAAUUGUCAUCGUUUAAUGGGUGGCAACCAAUGGCUGGAAACAGUUCUUUGAUCAGAAAGACGUUAAAAUAUUUGAGCUCAUUGAAAGGAUAUAUCAAUGAUAUUUAAAUUGAGUUAAAUUUGAAUUUCAAAACUGAUCACAAUUUAUACUUUUACAUUCCUAUAAAAUUAAGGCUCCGACACGACAACGAUUUUGAACGGUUGGCAAACAAUGCUUUCACGGACCACGGUUUUUACAUCAUAGUUAUAUUAAUCAUAAUAUAGGAAACUUUGAGAAAAUUAGAAACUUUGAGAAAAUUAAAACUAAAACAAG